GAAGUCUGAAUGUCCGUCUCGGCCGUCUCGUUGUCCCGUCUGCUCCGACGCAGCCUCCCCGCGGUGGGCCGGAGCGCGAACACACGUCCAGCCAGGUGUGUGUGCGAGCGGGAGCCGGCCAUUCCCGGAGUCCGAUGGAGCAGCACACGCUUGGACAUGGACGGCAGCGGGCGUCCAGCCACGUGGGAUUCCUUUGGGAUUUGGGAUAACCGGAUAGAGGAGCCCAUCCAGUUGCCGCCCAGCAUCCGCUAUGGGACCCCCAUCCCACACGUCAGCCUUUCCAACGUGGGCUGCGCCUCCCACAUCGGCCGUCGGCGGGAAAACGAGGACCGCUUCCAAGUGAGCAAGCUCGCGCAUAACACACUGUACUUCGCUGUGUUUGACGGGCACGGAGGACCACAGGCCGCCGAUUUCUGUCACAAACACAUGGAGCAACACAUCAGGGAUUGUUUGGAGGUGGAAACAGAUUUACAGGCGGUUUUGUCGAAAGCGUUCCUGCAGGUGGACGUGGCUUUGGCUGCCGAGCUGCGGAUAUAUGGCAAUGCCUCGCUCAUGAUGGUGGGCACGACUGCGACAGUGGCGCUGCUGAGAGACGGGAUCGAGCUGGUCGUCGGCAGUGUUGGGGACAGCCGAGCUCUUCUGUGCAGGAAGGGCAAAGCUCGCAAACUCACUGACGAUCACACGCCAGAGAGGAAAGAUGAGAAACACAGAGUCCGUCACAGUGGCGGGUUCGUGGCGUGGAACAGCGUCGGUCAGGCGAACGUUAACGGCCGCUUGGCAAUGACCCGCAGCAUCGGAGACUUCGACCUGAAGGAGAGCGGAGUGAUCGCAGAACCGGAGACCACUCGAACCCUGUUGCAGCACGCGCACGACUCUUUCCUGGUUCUCACCACCGACGGCAUCAACUUCAUCAUGACCAACCAGGAGAUCUGUGACGUCAUCAACCAGUGCCACGACCCCCCCGAGGCGGCAAACGUCAUAGCUGAGCAGGCGCUGCAGUACGGCUCGGAGGACAACAGCACACUUAUUGUCGUCCCGUUCGGAGCGUGGGGAAAGCAUCAGAACGACGAAUACACGUACAACAUGAGCCGAAACUUCGCCUCCAUCGGCCGCUGGUCUUAACGGCGGUCAAAAGAUCAUCUCAGCACGAGGAGAAGCGUUCCCAAUACACAACCACACCAGAGCAAACACAAGUCCAGACGCAUCAGCUGCAAUCUAAAGGGAAUGAAACAGGGAGAAAACUUCUGCUCGGAUGAUUUUAUGAUUUGACAUCAACUUUAUAUUCAAAAAGCUUGGAAGCUUGUUUCCGCCACCAAGUAUAAAAAAGGUAAUUGUUUGGUUAUAUCUCACAAUUCAGACUUUUUUUUCCUCACAAUUACAAGUUUAUAUCUCACAAUUCAGACUUUUCUCGCAAUUACGAGUUUAUA